GGGUAAGGCAUAAUGUUGGGUGCAGGUUAGGGGAAAUACAGAUCGACAGGAGAACAGACUUCGACAAACACCGGUCUGAGUUGGGUGCCACUGCGGAUCGUCGGCUUAGAAGUUGAGCUGCUGGCCCUCUGGUAGUUGCUGGUUGUUGUGGUUGUGGAAGUACUGGUGAUGGGGGACAGGAUUGCACUUGGGGUUCAGCGGCCGCGUCCCGUCCAGCUUUUGCUGCCACCGGUGCUCCUUGUCAUCCUGCUGGUGGCGGCUUGGGCAGAAAGCCAAGACUACUACAAUCUGCUCGGAGUCAACAGGGAGGCCACCACAAGAGAGAUACGACGGGCCUUCAAGAAGUUGGCGCUCACCAUGCACCCCGACAAAAACCCUGGUGACCCCUUAGCACAUGAGAAGUUCCUGCAGGUAAAUCGAGCCUAUGAGGUUCUGAAGGACGAAGACCUCAGGAAAAAAUAUGAUAAAUAUGGAGAAAAGGGACUGGAUGAGCAGCAGCAGGGAGGACGCUAUGAGAGCUGGAACUACUACCGAUAUGACUUUGGUAUCUAUGAUGAUGAUAUGGAGAUCAUCACAUUGGACAGUGGAGACUUUGAGGCAGCAGUGAACUCUGGAGAAAUCUGGUUUAUCAACUUCUAUUUCCCACGAUGUUCACACUGUCACCAGCUGGCUCCAACGUGGAGGGAGUUUGCUAAGGAGAUGGAUGGAGUAAUCAGGAUUGGAGCAGUAAAUUGUGGAGACAACAACCAUCUUUGCAGGAGGAAAGGCAUCAACAGCUACCCAAGCCUGUUUAUAUACAGAGAAGGAGAGAAACCAGAAAAGUUUAAUGGAGAGCGUUUUAAAGACAACCUGGUCCACUUCUCGAUGCAGUUCAUCAAAACAACAGUCACUCAGCUCUGGCAAGGUAACGUGUUCAAUGAGAUAGAGAGUGCAUUUUCAUCAGGUCUCGGCUGGCUGAUCACCUUCUGCUCUGACAUUGGAGACUGCCUGGAGCCAAGAACAAGACAGAAACUGGCUGGAAUGUUGAAUGGUCUCGUUAAGGUGGGAUGGAUGGACUGCACCACCCAGGAACAGCUCUGUGACAGUUUUCAGGUAACCAGUGGAGCGACUGCUUUGUUCCCACCUGGAAGUUCUCUGGAUCAACAUGGGAGUGUGCUAUGGCUGAAUACUCUGGACAGUAAAGAGAUUUACAAUCUGGUCAUCAACCAUCUGCCUGAUCUGCAACUGCUGACCAGUGACAGCUUCCAGAAGAAGCUAGCCCACCAUCGCUGGUUGGUGAGUUUUACAUUCGGACAGAGAAGCCCCGCCUCCAACGAGUACAAGAAGCUACAAGCUUUCCUCCGAAAUGACCACAUACAGAUUGGCAGAGUGGACUGUAUAGCAGACUCAGAGUUGUGUCAGUCUCUCUACAUCCAUAAUCCCUGUGUUGCCGUCUUCAAAGGACUGGGAAUCCAUGACUUUGAGAUCCACCAUGGUAAAGAUGUGUUGUACAACAUUGUGAGUUUUGCAAGGGACAGCGUUCAUGCUCACGUGACGACUCUGAGACCUGACAACUUUCCCUCAGACAGAAAGGAGCCCUGGCUGGUCGACUUCUUCGCUCCGUGGUGUCCUCCAUGUCGAGCCUUACUGCCUGAACUGAGAAAAGCUUCAAUCCAGUUGGCUGGACAGAUGAAGUUUGGUACUCUGGACUGUACCAUCCACCACAACCUGUGCUCUAUGUAUAAUAUUCAGGCUUAUCCCACCACUGUAAUCUUUAAUGGUUCCUCUGUUCAUGAAUAUGAAGGACAACAUUCAGCUGACGGCAUCCUGGAGUUCAUACAGGAUCUGGUUCAUCCAUCUGUGGUGGUCCUGGACCCUGCCAGCUUCACCAAGAGAGUUAAAGGUCGGCCUGAAGGACAGAUCUGGGCAUUGGAUUUCUAUGCUCCAUGGUGCGGUCCCUGUCAGACUCUGAUGCCAGAGUGGAGACGUAUGGCCAGGCUGCUGUCAGGUCAGAUCCAGGUUGGUUCCAUUGACUGUCAGCGCUUUCAGUCAUUCUGUCAGAGUCAGAAUGUGAGGGCGUACCCUGAAAUCCGCCUGUAUUCUGGUGACACUCGGCAGCCAGACCGCUUCUUGAGUUAUAAUAGUUGGCACAGAGAUGCUCAUUCACUGAGAGCAUGGGCACUGAGCUCUUUACCCAGGGCAUCCGUAGACCUGACCCCAGAGUCCUUUAGGUCUCAGGUUCUGUCAGGUCAGGAUCACUGGGUUCUGGAUUUUUAUGCCCCUUGGUGUGGACCCUGUCAACACUUCGCCCCAGAGUUUGAGGUCUUAGCUCGGAUUCUUAAAGGGGAGGUACGGACAGGGAAGGUGGACUGUCAGGCUCAUCAUCACACCUGUCAAUCAGCAGGAAUCACUGCCUACCCAACCGUCAGAUUCUACCCAUACCUGGGAACAAGGAGGCAUGAACACAGUGGAGAACAUGUCAAUAGCCGGGAUGCUAACAUGAUUGCUGACACCAUCAGACAGCGACUACAACAGCUGUUGCAUCAGUUACACAACAAACCAAAGGUAACUCGCAGUUCACCUCAAAUUCAGGUGCAAACCACACAGUUAACCAGAGUGUGAUGUCUGUCUUUUUCUCUGCAGGAUGAGCUCUGAUGAUCUUAGGAUGACACCAUGAGAAGGACUUGCAAUCUCUUGGUCAGGGAGGGACAGAAGUGUAUUUGAUUGGUCCACCACAAAGAUCAAUCAGUCAACACUCCUUGAUAUGACCACAGCUGUAACACAGAGACUGUUACCUGCUGUGCUGAAUGUACUGUUUUUAUUUGUUUUUAUUUUGUCACCAUUGUUUGUAUUUACUCUAUGAAGUAAAACUGUGGGACACUGUAAACUGGACAUAUUACUGAAACACACACGCACACACACACACACAGAACCAGAUGUUGACAAAGUGUUGCAUUUCAUUGUGUAGAAACUGUUGGAUUUUCAGAAUAAAAUGGUGCGUUUCUGUUAAAAGAUUUUGACAGUCACGUCAGUGUAAAAACUCUUACUGACAUUUUUAUUCAGUUAUUUAUUUUGUUAAAAUUUUUAUUUAUUCAUGUAUUGCCAAAUCACAACCAAAGUUCUCUCAGGACACUUUCCAUAUACAGUAGACCAAGCUCUUUGUCAACAGAGACCCAACAGUUUCUUAAUGAGCAAGCACAUGGCGAUGUUACACUUCUAUCCCCUCUAUUACAGAUCCUGUUUGAUUGCAGAAGUCGUUUUGUCAUAUAGAACUGAAGCGAUUAGGGCAUUAAUCGAUUAGUCAAUUGAUAUAAAAUUAACUGGCCUUAAAAGGUAUUAAUACGUCUUAAAUGUAAUUUACAAUUUUGAAAUAUCUUCUCUUGCCUACAAGAUAGUUGAAUCUUUUUUUUUCUUGUAUCCAAUUGUGGGCUGUCAGGACUCCUGUAAACUAAAAGUGGUGUUGUUGUGGCAGCUGAUUGUGUUGCAGGGAGGUGUUCAAUCCUUUAUCAUGGAGUUUCAGUCAACACCAUCAGGCCUGCAGCAAACACUGUCAUUACUGCCCGCUUCAGUAGCUAAGAAGUCCAUCGUUUCAUUAUGGGCAAGUGUCAAUUUUAGCAAAAACUUAAUGAAUUAAGAAUUUUAAAUUUGUUAAUCCACCCAUUAAUUUUAUUCUGCUCAUCUGUGUCCAGGUUGUGUUAAUUGAAUCUUAAAUCAUUAAGAAUUAUUGCUAUAUACUUCUGGGGAGUAAUGAAAAAAAUCUGGUCUGAGAAAUAAUUCUAGACUAUAUUGUCCCCACUGGUACACAGAUACAAUGGGGAAAGAGCUAAUAAAUUGCAUUCUAUAUGGUAUUUAAAAGAUCAAGUAAGAGAUAUAUAUAGAUAUGUAUAUAUUGAUUUACAGUAUAUUAUUUACCGAGAAAAAUAGAAAAAUAAAUCCAAAAUCCUAAAUUUAAUGCAACUUAGGACCAACACAAACAGCAAAUUCUUGUAUUUUAGAACCUUUUUAACCAUCAAGUUUUGGUAUUUUUGCCUGAAAAGUGGAUUACAAUAAAUCAAAUAACAAAUUAGUUCCCGAUUCAUUUUCUUUUGGUCAACUAAACAGUUCAUCUGUCGCAGCUCUAAUGAUGUAUUUGCAUAAUUUGACAAUAGAGGGCUAUUCUUGCAUCCAUCUACUAAAAGGGAAAGUUUCUUUGUUCUUACCGUAAAUGUCAGUUAAAUGUGUAUGAGCAGGAUUUGGUGAUAUUAGUCAGUUUAGAGCCAAAUGUGCCAUGA